GAGGGUCAUGGAAGGACAGGCCACUGGGCUCUAUGGAGUUUUGAGAGGCAGCAUCGUCCAGCAGGUGAACUUUGGCCUAGAAGGCUGGUUCUUGCAAUCAUCCUUCAAACUCAGCCACUCUUUAGCUGUGAAGCCUUAAGCAAGUCACUUCACCAUUCUGAGCCUUGGCUUCGCCAUCUGUCAAAUGGGUGUAAAAUAAUCAUGCUAUGUACUGAGCUCCUGCAUGUACUAACAGGCACAUUAGAGACUGUUCCUUCUCCACAGCAGCCUUGUAAAGUGGGAAUGUUAGCCUCUUUCAUAGAGGAAAAUGAAGUUCAAAGACGGUAAGCCAUUUGUCCAAGAUUAGCAAAUAAAUCUGGUUCCAAAGCCAGCAUACUUUCUACUUUCAGCUUCCUUCACAGAGUGGUUUUAGAAAAUGAACUUAUACAAACAGGAAAAAAAAUGAUAAAAGGCAAUUAUACUAUCUAGAUAUAUCACCAUACUUAGAUCCUAGCCCUUUGUAAACUGCAUAGUACUAUUAAAAUGCUAGCUCUUAAUUUCUAUCAUCUUGAUGUUGAAAACACUGGAGUGAUCUAUGGACAGUCAAUAUUAGUUGAUGACUUGUUCAUACACCAAGGCAAUGACUUCAGGAUAGCAUUUAGGACCUACUGCAGCUGAAAUGUCCUGCCUUGGGGUGGGAUCAGUGUGUGGCCAGAGUCUUUCACCAGCUGAUCCUGAAACAACAGUCAGUCCCUACAAGGAGCAUCACAGAUAAAGAUCCAGGUAGUACAGAUAAUUUCCCUACUUGAACAGCCUUUUCCAGCUUUAGCAUGGAACUUCAGAGAAUAUCAGUAUGAUUUGGGUGGAAAUGGGAGCUCUUUAAGGGUGGUGAAUACAAGCUUAUUGGAGUAAAAUUAGAAUUUUCAGAUAAGAGAAUUAAAAACAAUUAUAAUCUUGGCCCUAGAGAUAACCAUGGCUGACAUGUGGCUGUUUAUCUUUCCAGAUGUAUUUUCCAUUGUGCACAUUAUUUUUGAAAAUUGGAUUAUAAUAUGGUUUUAUUCCUGGUUCUUUUCCACUUAAUGACAUUAUAUCAUAGACAUCUUUCCAUAUUAAUAGAUGUUUUAUCACAUAAUUUUAAAGGCUGCAGAAUGUCUCUCUUCAUAUGGAUAGAACAGAAUUUACUCAAUCAGUUUUCUAUUAUUGAAUAAUGAGGUAAUUCUCCGUACUUCACUGUUAGACCAGUGCCUCAGUAGGCAGUUCUUAAUCAAAUCAAAUCUUUCCAGAGGUCCUUGAUUAUUUUCGUGGGAUAGAUUCCCAGUGAGGCAACUGAUGAAUCAAGGCUAUAUACAUUUUAAGGCUUCUGAUAAGUAUUAAAGGUCUGCUUCUGAUACACUCUGAAAUUCAAGGGCUCCUCAAAGUUUGAUGUAGGAAACUUUAUCAUGACCUUGAACUCAACCUUGACCCUUCCUUUCUCAGAUCCAUUUGCAAUAACAGUGCCAACUGCCUCAUAUCCAGUCAUGCAUCAUGUAACAACAUUUGGAUCAAGGAUGGACUGUAUAUACAAUAGUGGUCCCACAAGAUUGUAAUACUAUACAUUUUUCUGUACCUUUUCUAUGUUUAGAUAUGUUUAGACACACAAAUGCUUACCCUUGUGUUACAAUUGCCUACAACAUUCAGUAUAGUAACAUGCUGGGGAAGUUUGUAGCUCAGAAGCCAUGGGCUACACCACACAGCCUAGUGUAGUAGGCUGCACCAUCUAAGUUUGCAUAAGUGCACUCUACAAUGUUCCCACAGUGAUGAAAUUGCCUAAAAUGAUGAGUUUCUCAGAAUAUAUCCCCAUUGUUAAGGUGUCCAACCUGUGGGCCAUGGGCUGGACAUGGAUUAUGUGAGGACUUUUUUGCUUAUCUGUGGCAGUGGGUAUUGUGAAAAUUAUGCACAGCUCUCAUUAGUGUUGCUAUAUUUCAUGUUUGGCCCAGAACAACUUUUCUUCCCAUGUGGUGCAGACAGCCAAAAGGUUGGACACCCCUGGCUGGAUGCUUGGCUCUGUCCAAAAGCUUUACUGCUUUUGGCUUCCUUUCACCAGGGGAAAUCGGUGCAAAGAGGUUAAGAGAUUCAGCUGGAAUCACAGCUCUAAUGAGCAGGGGAUCUGUAGUCUUGAGACUUAACAACCUCAUUCCAGAAUGUAUAAUCUGAAUCCCAAGAAGUCCACUGCUUCUUGGGACCAUGGCCUUGACUGUGUCCCCAGAGAUAUCUCCCAUCACACCCCCUUCAUCUUCUCCAGCGCCACCUGACCUGCAUUGGCACCACUGUCACAUGCCUAGGGCACACUGCCGGAGCCCCUGCCUAGUCCUCCCUUUCCACUUUCAGCCUGUCCUCUGCUCUGCAGCUGGAAGGCUAUUUUUAUAAUGGAAAUAGGAUCAGGUCACCCUGUCCCGCAACUUACCCCUAGAAUGAAAUCCAGAUGAGUUCCUGAGCCCACAAGGUCCAACCUCCUACCCCCCCUUCAUCCUGAGCCACUUGUCUACCUCACUGCACCCAAGACACCUGGGUCAUCCUGACUUCCUUUCACUUCCCCAAACACACAGAGCUUUGAUGUGAGCUGUCCCCUGGGCCUGCAAUGCUCUCUCCACUCUGCCUGGCUGGAUUCUUCAUCCUUCAUUGUCAGCUCUCAUGUCACUUCUUUGGAGAAACUGUCCCUGCUGGUGUCAUGGGAAGUACCCAGCACCUUAAGUCCAUCUUCCUUUUUGUCCUUUAUAACAUUCAUUGAAAUUAUGUAUUUAGUGGUUGCAUAUUACUCCUUUAAUGCCUCUUUGCCUCACUAGACUCUCAAUGUCAUGAGGUCAAAGAUGUCUACUUUGUUCACCCUUACUUACCCCAUGCCUAGCACAGGGCCUGGCCUACAGUAAACACUCAGUAACUUCUGGAUAGACGAAUGGGCACAGAAUAUAAGGCACUGGUAGUAAACCAUGCUAGUUUUGGCCAGGGCUAUCUAAUUAUCUAAUUCCCUCUGCAUGCCUUCACUUCCUUCUGCCCUCUUAGAGCAGUGUCAGGGGUUGAAAAAGACAGAAAGCCAUGGGUGAAAGGGCAGAAGCAAGUUUUGCUCUAGGUGUCAACUCAGAUGAUAUAAUAUCAGGGGCCCAAAGGAGACUCACUGCCCCAAAUCCCCCCUCUGCACACAGUUCCUGGAUUCCUACCGCAAUAUUCUCAUGGCCACGAGGGAUUUCUGAUAAAACGUGAACACUAUCUAGCUAGUAAUGUGUAUUCAGUAGGCCGGCUGCAUGCACGCAGGGUUCUGCUCCACAACAGCAGCAUGGGGUGAGUCCGGGAGUCGGAAGACGUGGAUCCCAGUGUCACUUUUACCUAGCUGGGUGACUGGUGUAUCCCUUACUGUCUCUCAUCUGCAAAGCGAGGGAGCUCUCACAGAAAGAUAGUUUUUAAACCUUUUUCAUCUCAGUAGCUCAACUCAAAUGACCAAUAUAAGGAACAGAUAAAAGCCAAGUGUUUCUGGUUGAAGCUGGGCUGGAGGCUCCUCCCUCCCAGCUUCCCCCUUAAAUCCCCAAGGUUGUUGAGAUGGCCAACUCUGUCUCCCAGGUCUGGGCGGGAUGGCCACCUGUGUUCUAAGAACAAAGCAGAAGGCUACAAGGUUUGCACACUCUGGUUGCAGUUGUUUAAAGAUCAGCAGGGGACCGGGGAGGACUUGCUGGAUCUGGUAUCCAGAGGUUUUAGGCUGCCAAGUAAGUGAAUUUCAUAGCAACUAAAGUGCAGGGCGGGCAGCCCUUUUGUGCAGAAAGGUUUCAGCCGUUUUUAGAAAAGAAAUAAGGACCCAAGAGGGAGGAAAUUGCCACCCCUAUUUUUCCAGGCCAGGGAUUCCCAAUCUCAAAGGGACCGCCCACAGUCUUGCAGAUACCUGGCUUCCAGGUUCCAUUGGUCGCCACGCCCCGUGGAGGGGGGGCACUGGUCACCACCUUCCCACCCCACCACUGGGCAGCUCUGGCCUUGGCUCCAGGCAGGUGUGCUCCAGAGGCUGCAGCCUGGGCCACCUGGCAGCUCCAGGUGCUCUGUGCUCCGCUGCCAUGGAGACAGGCCCCAGGGUUGGUGAUGAGAAGCCAGUCUCCCAAAGCAUUGUGGAUUCAGAGGACCGAGACACUGGAGCCUCGAGCCUUUCAGAAUAGUCUGCCCACGGAAGCCAAGGACCUCUCCUGUGAGCCCCCCAGCACGCAGCGUGAGGAUGGCUGAGCAGCACGGCCGGCAGCUUGAGGCUGAGUGCCCUGUCUGCUGGAACCCCUUCAACAACACGUUCCAUACCCCCAAAGUGCUGGACUGCUGCCACUCCUUCUGCGUGGAAUGCCUGGCCCACCUCAGCCUGGUGACUCCUGCCCGGCGCCGCCUGCUGUGCCCACUCUGUCGCCAGCCCACGGUGCUGGCCUCAGGGCAGCCCGUCACUGACUUGCCCACGGACACUGCUAUGCUCACCCUGCUCCGCCUGGAACCCCACCAUGUCAUCCUGGAAGGCCGUCAGCUCUGUCUCAAGGACCAGCCCAAGAGCCGCUACUUUCUACGCCAGCCCCGGGUGUACACACUGGACCUGGGCUCCGAGCCCGGGAGCCAGCCCGGGCCCCAGGACACAGGCCCUACCACUGUGCCUAUGCCCAUCCCUGUGCCCAGCCACUAUUCUCUGAGGGAGUGUUUUCGCAACCCCCAGUUCCGGAUCUUUGCCUACCUGAUGGCCAUUAUCCUCAGCAUCAGUCUGCUGCUCAUCUUCUCCAUCUUUUGGACGAAACAGUUCCUUUGGGGUGUGGGGUGAGCGCUCUGCUCCCUGACAAGGAACCAAGGCUUUCUCAGUUGCUGCUGGGUUUGGGGACUGCAAAGCCUCAUUUGGUGUUGUCUUCCUUUGUUCAUUUUACGAUCCAGGGAUCGGUUAGGCCUGUGUUGGCUUCUGUGAACAGAGAGGGCCCUACUGCAAUGAGGAAAAAAUAAAAGCUGAAGGGCUGGUGGGUAUGGAGAGACCUCUGGGUGUGAAAUACAAAAUCAUAGAAGGGCAGAGAAGCAGUUCUAUGACUACAGUUUCACAGCAAGUUGUGCCAAAGAGCUGGACAGUGGUUUCCAGGACACUUACUAGCCUGUAUAGCAGGUUGCAUUUCUUGGUGUAGCUGCUAGGGACUCAGUUCACAUUUUUUUCAAGUUAUUUUUACAACAGGUUACUAAAAAAUUUGGAAAGUGAGCUUCAAUUCUGUGGGCAAAUGUGUUUGUUUUCCCCUUUCCACUCUUCUCUUUGGAUGUUUUGCCACCAGUCACAGUAAAAAUGUUCUGCAUUCAUCAUUUCUUCACUUAUUCAUUCUACAGUCGUUUACUGGGUUGAUGCUGAAUGCCAGGACUAAGGGAAGAAAAGGGUAAGGUUUUCCAGGGCUGGCAGAUGGCUCUUACCAGCUGGGAAGGCACUUAUGUUCAUUCUGCUGCUUCUUAUACCAGACCACCACUUGCCAGUAUGCAGUUCAUGGAGUGUUAGGUAUAAAAAAUUUAAAGGGGGAAGAAGCUAGGCUCAGUGGAUCAGGGAAAUCUGUGAUUUGGAAGAAUAGGUCGGUAUUGCUCCUGAUAGGGGCAGUGGUCCUGAUUAGAAUGAACACAGGGCAAGCUGAUUGCCCUCCCCCAAACACUACAACUCUGGCUUCAAGAAGGCAAAUACCCUGGAUAGAAGCAAAUAUUUCGUUCCCAUCCCAGGCCAUAGGAGGUAUGGGGAACCCUGGUUUUCACUUUACAUGUGGAUUCUAGGAACCAAGGAAAUGAGACAGAAUUUGGAGGCUCAGGCUGCUGCUUGACAAGUUGCCGCCUUGCAGCAUCUAAAAUCUCAUUCCUACUUCCCUAGUUUUAGCCUUGCCUGAUGGCUCAGGGCUCUGAAACAAUCCUAAAAGUGGAUAAAAAAACCCAUCAAAAUUAUUAAUAAAACAUCUUGAGGGUGUUUUUGUUUUUCUGAUUUGUAGAAUAAACUUACAGAGGAUGGACACUGAGUUGGUUUUAUUUGCUGUAGGUAAUUAACAGUUAGCUUCUAUCAAUUCCCUUUAAGAUCUUAAUACACAAGAUAGUCCAUAUUUCUCAUUUAAUAAACCAGUUUUCAACUCCGUGAAGAAAUAUUCUCCAUUACAAAAUUGGAAAGUUGCCUAUGUUUCCUGCUGGGGGACAAGCAACUACUUCUACAUUUGUGCCAUCAAAGAUAAUUACCUUGAAGCUGGGACUCUCUCUCCCCACUGACUUCAUUUCUUUACAUGUCUUUGUUCUUUAACCUUGGAGCACCUAAGUCAGGUGAUGAUCUCACCAUGUUCUCUGAGCUGUAAAGAGGGGACAGGGAGGGGAGCUGGAGGAAGCCCAGGAAGGAACACUUUAGAAGGCACUUGUAAGUGGUGGAGUCCUUUCAGGUAAA